AUGUCUGCCGAUAUUAAAACACUUCGCGAAACUUUAAAAACUCUUGCAGUCCGCGAUGAAGAAUCAAAAAAUGAUUUCUUUUCUAAUGACUCUUGCGAUGAUUAUUCUGUCCCUGACUCUUUCACCCAAAUUUUUGGCUAUGCUUUUUCUGAAGAGGAUAUCAGCGAAGCAAUCGAACAACUUCGAAAUGAAAAGGAAACUAUUGACGGAAUUAAAAACGAGACAACUUCCGAUCAAAAUGAAGGUGUGAUUGCUAGAUUUAAAGGAUGGGUGGAACCAAAUGAACACACUUAUAAUGUAUUCCUGUCUAGUUUCUUAGCGAAUGAUAAAUAUGCAUACUCUGUUCAAAAAAAGUAUCAUGAUGCUGAAGUUAUAUGGGAACAAAUGAAUCAUGAAAAUAUUAACCUGAUUCAAUCGCUUAUUGUGCAAUG